AUUUACCAUUUGAAUCGCAUGAAGCCAUCGCUUCACUUUAAAGAAAAGUAGUGCACACAUGCAGGCGGUUGAAGCAACCAUGGAUAUUAACGUGGGAUUCCUUAUUCUAACAGCAUCACUGUGUCUAUAUCGAGUGUCUGCUGAACCUGGACUUCCUGGUCCUCCUGGACCUACUGGACCUGAGGGACCUAGGGGAUUGCCUGGGAUUCCUGGAGCUCCUGGAAAGGAUGGACCUAGGGGACCGUCUGGGCGUACUGGAGAUCGUGGGUUUCCUGGAUCUCCUGGAGCUUCUGGGCUUCCUGGUGUUCCAGGAAAAUGCACCUGCUCUGAAGGGGGUAAGGUGCAUGGUUUUAGGGUGCAGUUGUGCUGUUCCCAUUGAACUACAUGCAUGCUUGUGCUGUAGCCUCUUACUGCAGAUGGGGUCGCCGGCGGGCCUACUCACUAUUUGCUGAAAAUACUCAACUACAUUAUAACAACAUUGCUAUGACAUUACCGAGAGCCUUAAUUAACAGACAUAGCCAUUACAGUCUUGGUGACAGUUGGUUAUAGGGUCAUUCCAUGUCAAUUCACACGAUUCCCUAGAAUUUCCCCAGGUGACCCUCUCUGAUUUGCCUGAUACCUCACAUACAGGUACCGUAUGGUCAUUUUGUCCCAAAGCUGUUUUUGAGUCCCUCAUUUUCUGUCAUUUAAAGUCUGAGUGCCUUAAAACUUUUGGAAUGCACCGUACAGUUCCCAAAUAUGAUGGAAAAUCAAUUAUAACUCCAAAAGCAUAUAUGGUUUCCAAGUUUUGGAACCCCAAAAUGGCAAGACUUUUCAUCACGCUUUUCACAAAUUCAGUUUUCAAGGCUUAAUAUAGCCUCAAAUAAUCAAGGUAUGAUAUCUGUAAGUACAUCAUAUGGUAGACAGGGUGAUAAAGAGGGAGCAUAGUGAUUUUUAGGCCUGGAUCUUCCUUCAAAUUAAAGCUAGAGGUGUCAAAAUGUGCUCGGGAAUUUUGUGUGCGAUUCACAGGCCUGAAAAGUGGGCGUGGCACCCAAACUUUGGAGGGCUUCAUCUCCACAACCGUUGGACGUAUGAUGGUAAUACUUUGGAUUCUUUCAAUUGACAUCAAAAGGUACCUGUAUGUGAGGUAUCAUGUAAAUCGGAGAGGGUCACCUGCAGGGAGGGCGUGUGAAUUGACAUGGAAUGACCCUAUAACAUAGCCUCUGCGCUAAGGGGUGAAUUGCAAGACAGAACUUGUCAGCUAUAUAGCCUUAAAACGAUAGUCCACCAUUUCUAUAUUACUUGGAGGUAUAAAUUGUGUCGACAGAAGCUGGAAGAAGAGUAGAAAGGUAUACUCUUAGAGGUAGAACAUUAGACUAGAGGUGACCCCCCUUUUCAC